AUGGCCGGCUCUUUCGGCACAUCGCCCCACGCAAUACGCUAUCCAGGAGCACCGUCGACUCGAAGUCCUGAGAGAAAAUCACGACGCCAGCACCGGCGUCGAUGCCAACAAUGUGCCGAAUAUAAGAUAGACCAGCGCCGACCUGCCGGGAUGAUGGCCACCAUGCAAUGCUCACGACCAUGGGAAGUUGUAACGGCAGAUUUUGUAGGCCCACUACCACGCUCAACAAAUGGCAACUCGUGCUUGCUAGUGCUCAGGGAUAAGUUCUCCAAGUGGGUGGAACUCGUGCCAGUCCGGAAUGCAACCACCGCCAGUGUUAUAAAGGCGCUACGAGAACGCGUGAUAUACCGGUUUAGCUGCCCUGACGUAUUCCUUACCGACAACGGGAAGCAAUUCACCGGAAAGCCGCUUACACAGUUCCUGGAGAGCCACGGAAUUCAACAUCGUUUCACCGCCAUUUACGCUCCACACGAGAACCCAAACGAGCGCACCAACAGAGUCGUGAAAACUAUGAUCGCCCAACGAGCAAAGGCCGAUCACCGGACCUGGGACCACCAACUAGCCGAAAUAGCUUUCGCGAUAAAUACAUCACAACACGACUCGACAAAAACAUCAGCAGCUGAGAUAAACUUCGGGUACAUACCAGCUACACCGAAACAAAUCCGCAAAGAAGGAAACGUGCCCGACGAAGAAGCCACCACCGUGCCGACACUCACCGAGCUUUGGCAAGAAGUUUCUCGCAACUUGUCCACCGCAGCAAAACGCCAGAAGAGAUACUACGAUUUGCGCAGACGACCAUGGAAGCCACUUAUCGGCGAGAAAGUACUCAAAAGAGAUCAUCCGCUCUCUUCCGCAGUAAACAACUUUGCACAGAAGCUUGCUCCGAAGUAUUCUGGCCCAUAUAUCGUCAGAAAAUUCAAGUCGACCAAUACAGUUGAACUUGUGAAGCCGCCGGACGAGCCGCAAAGGCCGCCACCUUUCCGGCCACCCCCGGAAGCACGACCGCGGGUGCACCCGAAUACAACCGCGUUAUAUGCGAUAAGUACCGACAACACUGGGUCAGCUGCCCGAACUCGUCCUAGGGUACCCAGACAGCACCUGGAGCACAGCGUCAACGCCUCCACCCGAAGUCGGCCGGCCACAGAACCAGCGGCAUUAGAAGCAUUGCUACGACAGACGCCGCUCAGCACCAACGCCCGGAAGCUCCCGACCACCAGGCGAGCCCCAACGCCACGGGAAGCAGACCGUGAAGCUGGUGCUGCGACAGAGCCGCGCGCCGCCCAAACCCCGACGCACCCAGCAGGCCAAGCGAAGGCCCAGGUAACGCUCUCCGCCAAACAAAGCGACCUGCCGACUGCAGCUUCGCUCCAACUCGGCCAGCGACGCACGGCAAAGAGUACCGCGAGGAAGGAAGCCAGUACCGCGGAGCUACUCGCAGAGAAGGUGCAAGAGGCACCCGCUACAACAACGUCGGCAUGCUCGAACGACGAUGGGGCGUCUGCCCCAGCAAUUGACAAGACCAACGUCGAGACGACGCCGCCUCACCCAAAAGCGACGCCAACCCCGACAACGAUCCGGCCUCCAACUGCCGAGAUCAGCGCGCAACCGGCCACGCCUGAGCCACUCGCAGAGAAGGUGCAAGAGGCGCCCGCUACAACAACGCCGGCAUGCUCGAACGACGAUGGGGCGUCUGCCCCAGCAAUUGACAAGACCAACGUCGAGACGACGCCGCCUCACCCAAAAGCGACGCCAACCCCGACGACGACCCGGCCUCCAACUGCCGAGAUCAGCGCAUAA